AUGGCUAACACAGAGUACGGCCUCUACGAGAUGGCAGGACCGGACUGGGAGCAGCAUCAGCCGGAGCGAGUUGGCGGUGGCGUGGGCGGCGGCGCGGGGACGACGGGCGGCCGGGAGGAGCUGCGGCAGAUCACGGCCAGGGCCGGGGCCGGGGCCGGGUCCUGGGAAGCCGCUGCCGCCGCCUCGGCCCGGGAUCGCGGGCGGCGGGUCGGCUGGGCUCGGCCCGGCCCCGCCUGGUCCGCCCCGCCCCGCCCCUGCGCGCAGAGCAGGCCGAGGCGGAGCGGCGCGCCCCCUGCGACGCCCGAGCCCGAGCCCGAGCCCGAGCCCGAACCGGAGCGCCGCGACAUCCGAGCGGGAACCGGAGCGAGAACCGGAGCUGGAGCCGAAGCUGGAGCCGGCACUGCGGCGCACGGAGCGGAGCGCGGCAGCCAAGCCGAGUUAGUGGAGGGGCCUUCCCUGCAAGAAGUCAGAGCUGUGUCCGUGGGCAGGCUGGCUCCACUGCUCUGCUCCAAGGAUUACAUGUCCUUCAAACACCCCUGCCCCUUAGCACGAUACAACCGCACCAGCUACUUCUACCCCACAUUCUCAGAGAGCUCAGAGCACAGCCAUCUGCUCGUGUCUCCUGUGCUGGUGGCAAGUGCUGUCAUAGGUGUGGUCAUCAUCCUCUCCUGCAUCACCAUCAUCGUGGGCAGCAUCCGCAGGGACAGGCAGGCCCGGCUCCAGCGGCACCGCCACCACCAUCACCGCCGCCACCACCACCAUCACCGCCGCCGCCACCGACACCAAGAGUACGAGCACGGCUACGUGUCUGGCGGGCACACAUACAGCCGCUCGAGCCACAGGAUGCGCUAUGCCUGCAGCCCCACUGAGGACUGGCCCCCACCCUUGGACAUCAGCUCCGAUGGCGAUGUGGAUGCCACAGUGCUCAGGGAGCUGUACCCAGAUUCUCCACCAGGCUAUGAGGAGUGUGUGGGGCCAGGGGCCACUCAGCUGUACGUCCCCACGGAUGCACCACCGCCCUACUCGCUGACCGACUCCUGCCUCAUGCUGGAUGGCACCCUCGACUUGGGCAGCGGCCACAGCCACAGCCACAGCCGUCACCAGCAGGAGCAGAGGACCGAGGGCCACAGUGGCCUUCGCACCAUCUCCAUGGACACCCUGCCCCCUUACGAGGCCGUGUGUGGGGAUGGCCCCCUAUCAGGCCUCCUGCUGCUGCCAGGACUAGGACCAGGUCCAAGGAGCUCACAGGGCUCACCGGUCCCAACCCGGACAACAGCCUCCAGCCCGGAGAGGAUCGUGUGAGUGAUCCAGCCAGCCAGGUCCUGCCGGUCCCUCUAGGCUGAGCCACAUCCUUCAGGCACACACAGGCACAUACACACAGAGAGACAUGCACACCCAACUCAUGCACACACAUAGAUGCAACUUGUACACACACAGACAUACACACUGACAUGCCCCAUGUGCACACACAGAUCUAGACAUGCCCCACAUGUGUGUAGACAUGUGCACACACACAGGCCCACCACACCCACACAAAGCCCACCUGCAAAACUUUCAUUAAAAGUGAAGCCUUCUCAGCCUCCCAUCUCUC